UUAGAGAGGUGAUGUCUGGGAGAGGCAAAGGCGGGAAGGGGCUCGGCAAGGGUGGCGCUAAGCGCCACCGAAAGGUGCUUCGCGACAACAUCCAGGGCAUCACCAAGCCGGCCAUCCGCCGCCUGGCUCGGCGUGGCGGCGUGAAGCGCAUCUCGGGGCUCAUCUACGAAGAGACGCGUGGCGUGCUGAAAGUGUUCUUGGAGAACGUGAUCCGCGACGCCGUCACCUACACGGAGCACGCGAAGAGGAAGACAGUGACCGCGAUGGACGUGGUCUACGCCCUGAAGCGGCAGGGGCGCACUCUGUACGGCUUUGGCGGCUAAAGUUUUCGGCUCUUGGAACAUGCUUACGGACUGAACCCAAAGGCUCUUUUGAGAGCCGC